GCACUGUUUUCUCAAUGGACAACAAGACAGUCAAGUUUAUGCCAGUAGAUCGUUAUGAUGCUGGAAACUACACAUGCAUGGCUGCUAAUGUUGUAGGAAACCUGACGAGCAGCGCUUACAUGCUUCAGGUCAUCUUUGGACCAGAUGAACCCAUAAUUGAUGGGCCAGUUUAUGGGGAAGCAGGACGUAACGCGGUCUUCAACUGUUCUGCCGCAUCGAGGCCUCCAAGCACCUACAGUUGGUGGUUUAAUGACUCCUUGAUGGCCAAUACCUCAGAGUUCACAGCUGGGCCGCUAUCUUUCAACAUGAGUGGCGCGUAUACAUGUGUGGCCCACAAUUAUGUGACAGGAAAGAACAGCACAACCUCGACAAYGCUCACCGUCAUAGAGGGAAUAGAUUCAGUGAGGAUUCAAAACAACUCGACUCCAAUAAGCAAUAAAAGCUUUACCCUCACAUGUCUCGUUGUUGGGCCCUAUGACGCCCUCUACUGGGUGAAAGAUGGCAUGCAGCUCAGCCUGAAUGCCUGCGACCCAGCCUCAUCCAUGUACAUUCCUGAAAACAACAAUCUGCACUUCACCCAGCUGACAACACAGAGUAACGGGACC